AUGUUUUGUCUACAGGACAUGAGGAGUAUCGUAGGGGUGUUGGUGUGUUUGUCUUUUGGCCAGUGUGUUUUACUUCCUGAACUCCGUGCAACAGAUUUGGGGUUAUUGCCCACUGACAACGGGGCGCAGGGACAAACUGGACAAACGGGAUAUGCUGAGCCUGAUUUGUCCUAUUGUCAGAUGAUUCUGGAAGCGGUUCCACCCACAGCGGACCAAGUACCCUGGUUCUGCAUCUGCUCCGCUUGCUCCGGAAACCAAGGCCAGAAAGGAGACAGAGCGAUCGCGGGCUUGCUGCCAGGAAUUCCUGGUAGUCCAGGUCCAAGAGGCCUCACUGGGUUUCCUGGCCGUCCAGGAUUGGGGCGUCCCGGCAUCAAGGGUGAGAAAGGUGACAUUGGAGAUAAAGGGUGACGUUGGUUAUCCUGGAGUUUCAGGGCCGAAGGAGACAGGGGAUAUAAAGGUGAGAAGGGAGACCGUGGUCUUGAUGGUCCUUCGGGAGACCAGGGUCCAAAAGGAGAAGAUGGCCAGUGCCCAGAAACCUGUGAGCCUUUACCAGGGCCAGCUGGUGAGCUGGUCUUCCGGUCCUGCAGGUGCAGGGGAUUACCUGGGCUGAACGGAGACCCUGGUCCAAAGGGAUGAAGAGGCGAUCCGGGUGUCGGGGGGAUCCUGGCAUUCAAGGUGUACCAGGGCAAAAAGGGUGACCAAGGUCCACAGGGCCUGUGCAAUUGUAAGGAUGGGGCUCCAGGAGCUCAGGGUCAAACAGGUGAAAAGGGUACAAAGGGAGACCAGGGUACAACAGGGACAACGGGUCAAACUGGACCCACAGGACCUAAAGGUGCAGGAGACAUUGGAAUGACUGGUAUGCCCGGACCUUGUUCACCCACCGUGCAAUCUGGUUUCUCUGCUGCUUUGCUCACCUCCUAUCCUACACCAAGCCGCCCGGUGCCUUUCAAGCGAAUCGUGCUUAAUUUAAACCAGAACUACAACCCUGAUAACGGCGUCUUCACUGCCCCGGUUAACGGAACCUACGUGUUUAGCUACCAUCUGCAGGUGUCCACCCGUAUGCUAAAGGUUGGACUCUUCCACAACUUCGAGGCCGUGGUGAGGACAACUACGCCAGUGGAAAUGAACACCGCCUCUCAACAGGUGGUGAUGAGUCUGAGCCAGGGUGACUGGGUGUGGGUGCAGGUGAAAGACACCACAACUAAUGGCAUGUUCACGGGCAGCGAGGCCAGCAGCACAUUCAGCGGGUUUUUGUUGUACCCAGACAAAUGUGAUGACAUGUUUGGGAAGAGAUGUCCCUGA